CAUAUCUUAGAGGAUGAUCGAGGUGUGGAGGACGAGGACGAAGAGUUCGCGAUCUCAUCGAAACCGAAACAACUCAGUUCCGAUGUUGUUCGCUCUGGAGCGAAAACCGCCGACGACUUUUCACAGCUCGGUUCGCUGAAGGAUCGUAAAAGCGAUUGGGAAAGCUCCGCGAAGGAAACGACAGUGGUCGAUAAGAAAACGUCUGCGGUUGAGGAGGAAAUUGCCGCAGGCAAAGUUAAAGCGAACCUCGAAAGUGGUACUUAUUGA